GCGGCUCCCGGCGGCGGCGGCGGGGGGGUCUCGGCCCGUGCCCGCCCGUGCCCCGGCCCAUGUCCCGGCCCCCGGCGCCGCCCGGCUCCCCGCGCCGCUUCGGGGCGCUCAGCACCGCGCAGCUCCGCGCCCUGCUGCAGGACGAGCCCCGGCUGCAGCGCGCCGCCCGCCUCAGCAGGAAGUUUCAGAGUCUGCAGCUGGAGCGGGAGAUGUGUUUGGCUUCAAACUGCACCCUGGCCAGGGUAAACCUGUCCCUGCGCCCGCGGCUGGAGGAUGGGAAGGCUUCCCUGGCCAUCAAGUACCAGGAGCUGCGGGAGAUACGAGAGGCAUGUUGGGACAAGCAGCAGCGCCUGGAGGCAUACCUGGAGAAGUGGAGCCCGAAGAGUGCCCUGGGCCAGCUCCAAGCCAAGCUCAAUGCCUCCGAGGCAGAGUCGGAGGCACAGAUAGAGCAGUUCCUGGCCCAGGACCUGCCCCUCGAUUCCUUUCUGGAGUCCUUCUGUCAGAGCCGCACACUCUCCCACAUCUGCCGGACACAGCUGGAGAAACUGCAGGAGCUGCUGCUGAAGGACCAGGUGGGCAGGGACACCGUGGGCCCCCCAGGUGCCCUGGCUAGCCCAAUACCAGCCCGCCUUGCCCCGUUGAGGAGUGGAGUAGCCCUGAAAGCCUUUGAUCUCUCCUAUGGCUUCAUGCCCGCCUUUCUGAUCCCCUCGGAGGCCGUUGUGCCCUUUGCCAUGCCAGCUGCACCUCCCAGACACCAUCUCCCAGCCCUGGGACACCAGCCAGCAUCUCCCUGCUCUGAAAUCCCCAGCCCAGGCUUGCCCCUGCGCCUCGUCGGACACAUCCCACUGCUCAGCCCCCAGACCUUCCGCAGGCAGCAGCGGCCGCGACACCAGAAGCAGGAGCCCCCACACCGGUAG